AUGUCCUGGACCGCGCGGUUUGGUCUUUGCGCAUGGCUGGCGCUCGUGGUUGCCAAUGCCACUAGCUUGGAGGAUGCUUUGGAGCUGGUGACGAAGAAUGUCACAGGACAGUUCGGCACGAACUUCACUCUGAUCGAAGCCUUGGUUUGCAAGGAGGACCUUUGUGCCUCGAAGGCCACUGAGACGAUGAAGCUCUUGAGUGAUGCCCACUACAUGCGUGCAGUCUACGGCUAUGGUAUCCGGACGUCACCCAACGUGGAGGCGCGAGUGAACCUGAGCUCGAUGGAGAUGAAGCUGAUUCGUCACGAAGAGCCCUUCAUUGAGGAUAACCCUGGAGCUCACUGGCCCCCCCGUCUCGGGACUGACCUUUGA